GCCAUUUAACACCUCCCUCCAUCCUCCACCCACCCAGCACAAGAAACAGCAGCAGCAUCGGCUGACCAGCCCCGCCUCCAAUGCAAUGCCUCUCAUCCCAGCUCUGUUCUUCUUCCUCCUCCUCCUCCUCCUCGCCACCCUCGCCGCCUCCCAAGAAUUCACCUACACCGGCUUCGGCGCUGCCCGCAACGGCGGCGCCCCGAACCUCACCCUGAACGGCGUCACGGAGCUCCAGCCGGACGGCAUCAUGCGCCUCACCAACGACACCUCCCGGCUCAAGGGCCACGCCUUCUACCCGUCCCCGCUCCGCCUCCUCGGCCCGCCCGGCUCCGGUGCCAAGAACAACGCCACCGCGGCGGCCGUGUCCUUCUCCACGGCGUUCGCGUUCGCCGUCGUGCCCGAGUACCCCAGGCUCGGCGGCCACGGCUUCGCCUUCGUGGCUGCCCCCGACCCGCGCCUCCCCGGGGCGCUGCCCAGCCAGUACCUGGGCCUCGUCAGCGCCGACGACGACGGCAACGCCACCAACCACGUCUUCGCCGUCGAGUUCGACACGGUGCAGGACUUCGAGUUCGCCGACAUCAACGACAACCACGUCGGCGUCGACCUCAACAGCCUCACCUCCAACGCGUCCGCGUCCGCCGCGCCCAUCAACCUCAAGUCCGGAGACACCGUCCUCGCCUGGGUCGACUACGAUGGGGACCGGAGGCUCCUCAACGUCUCCAUCGCGACCUUGGCGGCGCCCGAGAAGCCGGCGGCACCGCUCAUAUCCUUCCACGUCGACCUGUCCAUCGUCUUCCGGGAGCAGAUGUACGUCGGCUUCUCGGCUUCCACGGGGCUCCUUGCGAGCUCGCACUACCUCAUGGGGUGGACCUUCAAGUUGGGCGGCGGCGCCGCGGCGCCGCUCGACCUGUCGUCCCUCCCGUCGCUGCCGAGGCCCAAGCCAGACAAGAAGAGCAGGACGACCCUGAUCCUCGCGUCGGUGUUCUCGGCGUUUGUGGCGCUGUUGGUGCUCGCCGGCGCGGGCGCCUACGCGGCAUACCGCAUCAAGAACCGCGAGGUCAUCGAGCCGUGGGAGCUGGACCACGGCCCGCACCGGUACAAGUACCCGGAGCUGAAGCGCGCCACGCGAGGGUUCCGCGACCGCGAGCUCCUCGGCUGCGGCGGCUUCGGCAAGGUGUACCGCGGCGUGCUCCCUGGCACGCCGCCCACCGUGGUCGCCGUGAAGCGCGUGUCCCACGAUUCCAGGCAGGGGCUCCGGGAGUUCGUCGCCGAGAUCGCGUCCAUCGGCCGGCUCCGCCACCGCAACCUCGUGCAGCUACAGGGCUGGUGCCGCCGCCGCGGCGACCUCCUCCUGGUCUACGACUUCAUGCCCAACGGCAGCCUGGACAUGCACCUCUUCGGCGACGGCCUCCGGGCGGUGCGGCUGACGUGGGGCGCCCGGUACAAGAUCCUCCGGAACGUGGCGUCGGCGCUGCUGUACCUGCACGAGGAGUGGGAGCACGUGGUCCUCCACCGUGACGUCAAGGCAAGCAACGUGCUCCUGGACGGCGACAUGGCGGGGCGGCUCGGCGACUUCGGGCUGGCCAAGCUGUACGAGCACGGCGCGAACCCGGCCACGACGCGGGUGGUGGGCACGCUGGGGUACCUGGCGCCGGAGCUGACGCGGACGGGGAAGGCCACGACGGCGGCAGACGUGUUCGCGUUCGGGGCGCUGGUGCUGGAGGUGGUCGCCGGGCGGCGACCCAUCGAGCCGCGGGCGGGGCCGGAGGAGCUGGUGCUGGCGGAGUGGGCGUGGGAGCGGUACGCGGCGGGGGAGGUGGAGAAGGUGGUGGACGCGAGGCUGGGCGGGGCGUUCGACGCGGAGGAGGCGGCCGUGGCGGUGAAGCUGGGGCUGUGGUGCUCGCACCCGGUGCCGGUGGCGCGGCCGACGAUGAGGGAGGUGGCGAGGUACCUGGACAGCGGGGACGCUGCAGACGUGCCGCCGCCGCCGCCACCGCCCCCGCCGCCGCCGGUGUGCUCCGGCGAGGUUGGGUACGACGACUUCGUGCACUCGUUCCCGUCGUCGUCGUUCGAGAGGCCGGCGGCGGCCGGCGGAGGGGAGCCGCUGUCGCAGACAUCGGUGGCCACGUUCCCCUUCUCGCCGCUGUCCAUGCGGUCAUCCCACGUCAGCGUAUGACCCCCCACACGGCCACACCAUGAGCCCUCCUCUGGCCAGUGGAUCAACAGGUGUAGUGGCACCAGUGAACCAUUGACCAUUUCGCACUCGACGCACCUUACAAGUAGUAGUAGCGUCAUUAUGCUUGAACAGUAGUUGGUUUAAGGUUUGGCAGAUGUUUGGGGCGAUUGUAACUUUCUAUGAUUCGACUCUGCCGAGGCACUGGCUAGGGGCAAGUCCACUAAAAAUCCAAUUUAGAUUAGUCGAUUUGUUUCAGCCGUCUGAUGCAAAACUAGCAAUCGGAUUCAUUCUUCAACCUUGAGCUCCCCAUGUUCUUCUUCUUUUAACCGUCCUCUCAACCA